ACAAGCCCGAGCGCAAACCGAUGCAUCUUCCGCCGUUCCUUGUUAGAGGCCUGGGCUUCUUCAAUGACGCUUAUGACCUUUUCGUCAUGAACGUCGUCAACGUCGUGCUCGAGGAGCAAUAUGGAAAAGACGUUUACACUCCGUCGCUCAAAGGCGCGGUCUCGGCUGCGGCGUUAGUUGGCGCUAUCAUCGGACAAAUCGCUUUUGGCUACCUCGCAGAUGUGCUCGGCCGGCGCAUUUGCAUGAUCAUUACGUGCGCGAUCUUAAUCCUGGGAGGCAUCAUCUGUGCGUUCGCCAGCGGUGGGUCGCCGACAGCAACGCUUUGGAUUCUCGUCGUAGCACGUGGUUUUCUUGGCGUCGGAAUCGGUGGUGAGUACCCGCUGGCGGCGGCUGCAUCCGCCGAAGACGCAUCGUCCGUGGAAAGCCGCAACCAGCGCGUGGCGCUCACGUUCUCGCUCCAAGGCGUCGGGUGUGUCACGGCCGCAAUUAUGGGCAACAUACUCGUGUCUGUGCACGCGCCGGGACCGAAAGGAUCGGCGUCGCCUGAGAGCCUCGAGGUCAUUUGGCGAUCUCUCUUUGGCAUUGGUGUCAUUCCGUCGGCACUCGUCUUCUUUUUCCGGUACCACGCCGAAGAGACUGUGGCGUUCACGCAGUCCAAGACGACAGCACCAACUAACAACGCUUCAAUCCCGCUCCUCUUUGUCCUCCGGGUGUACGGGCGCUGGCUUCUCGGCACGGCAGGCACGUGGUUCAUGUUUGACAUUGUGUUUUAUGCCCAAAACCUCUUUUCGGCUUCAAUCUUGACCGUCGUUGGCAUCCACAAUGCGUCGUUGACCCAAGUGACGACACAAAAUGUGCUCGUUGCACUUGUUGCACUACCUGGGUACUACGUGGCCGUCUACUUUAUCAACCGCCUCGGUCGACGCAUGAUGCAGCUCCAAGGGUUCUGCUUCAUGACGCUUCUCUUCCUGAUUCUAUCUGGCGUCUGGAGUAGCCUCCAGAACGACAGUACGAGCUUUAUCCUUCUGUAUGGACUUUCGCUCUUUUUUUCCAACUUUGGGCCCAAUACGUCGACGUUUGUGAUGCCGACCGAAAUGUUCCCGACACCGAUCCGUGCGCGCUGCCACGGUUUCUCCGCUGCCAUGGGCAAGCUAGGCGCUGCAAUUGGCUCCUACGGCUUUGCGACCCAAGGCAAGGAUCUUGGCUCGACGUUUGGGAUGUUUGCUUUCUUCUGCAUUCUUUCAAUUCCUCUAACGUGGUAUUGCACCUUCGACAAUCCAAACCCACUCUCGGACGGUGAUGCAGAGUUUGACCGGCGGCUCCGCAUAUUCAAGGGCACUGCGCUGCAGGAUGAAGACUUCAACGAUCUGGAUGAAGAAGAUAAUGACGAGGAGGUAGACAUUGACAUUGGCUCAGCGCUCACGAGCCAAGGCAACAGCUCCGAGAGCCAACAGCUCGUAUCCCAUGCGUAACCCUCAACAAAGUUGCAUUUCCUGACA